AUGACUGAGGAAAAAGAGAAGAUUGAAGUUACUGAAGAAAAGAAAGAAGAGAUUGAAAAGAAGCCAAAGAAACAACAAAAACAAGAAAAAAAAGAAGCUAAGAAAGCUAAAAAAGAAGCCAAAAAGCAAGCAAAAGGUGAAGAAAAAAUUGUUGGAGUAGUUGAAAAAGCAGAUAAAAAGAAAGAGAAAUUAGAAAAAAAGAAAGCCAAAAGUGAUAAGAAGGCAGAUAAAAAGAUUGAAAAAAUAGUUAAAGAAGAAAAGAAAGAUGAAGAAGAAAAAAAACCAGCCAAAUGUGAAAAUUGUGAUGAAUGUUGUGGUAAAUGUGAAAAAAAAGCUAAGAAAGAGGCUAAAAAAGCUCAAAAAAAAUCAAAAAAAGAAGAAAAAAAAGCUAAAAAAGAAGCUAGAAAGGCUGAAAUAAAAGCUAAAGCCCAAGAGGUUAAAAAGAGAGCCAUUGUGAUGACUGCCAAAGAUUUAGAAAAUGAAGAACUUAGUUCUGAAGAAAAGUCAGAGGAACAUCAAGACUAA